CGCGUAACCCUGCUUAAUUUUAUACUGCAAUAUAUUGAAAUAUACUAACCUAUACUAAACUAUACUGAAAUAUAAACUCUCUUUAUCUGAUCAUCAGAAAGAAAACAAAAAAACAACUUAUCAUUACUUAAAAUGUCUCUGCCUAUUAAUGAAACUGAAUAUCAGCAUCGAAAUAUACAUGACAGCAGCGACAACGAUGCCAGUUCCGAUAACGAACCUGACAUGAACUUCAAUGUAAAUCUAAACAAUUUUCAACUACCUAAAACCUAUCCAAUAAAUCACCAAAUCUUGAAAAAAUUAAACGAUUUAAACACUUUUGAUUCAAACGACUUAACCCUCCUAAAUGACCUAAAGGAUUCAAUUUAUAAUUCCAAUAUUAGCCAUCUAAUUGACUCUCUAAAUCAAUCAUAUGCCAAUAAUUCCAAUAAUUCCAAUAAUACCAAUAAUACCAAUAAUACCAACCCUAAUAAUAAUGAAAACAAUGAAAACAAUGAAAACAAUGAAAUCAUUCAACAAUCAAUAGACAAUAUCAAAAAAUCAAUCCUAAUAAAUGGUUACACAAAAAUCUUUCAAAAUACUAUUCAAACUACUAAAGGUUCCCUACUAAAAUUAUCUAAAGAUUCUAAAAAUGAUGAUAAUAACGAAAAAAUCUCAGACGUUUUUAAUCAAAAUCUAGAAAUGGAAUUCAACCAAUUCUCCUUAUUAAACUUAUUAAAAAAUGAUAAACAGUUUUUAAAACUAUCCUCAUAUAAAUUUGUAAUCAAUAAUCCUUUAGAUCCUCUACCAAAAUUUAAUUCUAACUUUGAUGAUAUUGAUUUAAACCAAGAUAUAAGUGACAUUGACAUUGAUAUCAAUAUAGAUUCAGAUUCAGAUUCAGAUUCAGAUUUAGAUUCAGAUUCACACUCACAUUCUGAUUUAAAUUUAAAUACCCUCAAAUCUUUAUACAAUUCAAAUCGCCAAAAGAAUAAUAAUGAUGACGAGGAAGAAGAAGAAGAGAUUCUAGAAUCCGGCGGAAAAAUUGAUUUAUUAUGCCCAAUUUCAAGAAAAUUAUUUGAAGAUCCACUUAAAUCAACAAUAUGUGGCCACACCUUCUCAAAGAAACCAUUAUAUGAAUAUUUGGAUAGCCAAAGACAUGAAAGACUAAUUCCUUGCGUUGUCUCAGGAUGUUCAUCAAACAUAAAUAGAAACAACCUAAUCGAUGACAUUUUAAUGGACCUACGUGUGAAAAGUUACUCCAGAAAUAAAAAUAUCAAUAGAUCAAAUCAAAAAGAUCAGUUAGUCAUUAUAUAAUCAUCAUAUAUAUAUAUAUAUAUCUAUAUAA